CCGUUGCCAUCACGCGCGGCGCCGCUUCCGGUGGGGAGAAUGGACGCGGAUGGGCUGCCGCUGGUCGGCUCCGGGAUCGACCUGACCCGGGUCCCAGCUAUUCAGCAGAAGAGAACUGUGGCAUUUCUGAACCAAUUCAUUGCCCACACUGUUCAGUUCCUGAAUCGUUUCUCAACCGUUUGCGAAGAGAAACUGGCUACACUUUCCCAUCGGAUUCAGCAGAUUGAAACUACACUUAAUAUUUUGGAGGCAAAGCUUUCGUCAAUACCUGGCCUGGAAAAUGUCACAGUAGAGGCGACGAGCCAGAGUCAGCAUGUUUCAAACGGCCCACCUUCUGACCAACAGCAGCCAUCCCCAAUGGAGGUCCAAAAAAAUGUGGAAUCUUCAGCUCAAGUUAAAGCAGAUUCACCGACAGAAAAUGCUAUUACUGUAGCGAAAGACCCUCGAUACGCACGAUACCUGAAGAUGGUGCAAGUGGGUGUUCCUGUAAUGGCGAUAAGGAACAAGAUGAUUUCUGAAGGACUCAACCCAGAUCUAUUGGAGACCCCAAAUGCCUUAGUCCCAGAUGGAGUUAAGGAGGAUGAAGGAGACAGUUCUGGCAGCGAGUCGUCAUUCAGUGACUGAACGUGGAGCGUGUGGACGCUGAACUUGAUGGAGAAUAGUGGGAAAGGAUUAUGCUUGUUGUAUUAGUGCCACUUCCUUUCCGAUAUUUGAAAACUUAACAUGCUCUUAUUGAUUACAGCUGUGUCACUGGCAUAGGGCUGUGUAGCUGUAACACUCUCAGCCAGUGUAAAUCAAGUAACAGUCUGUUAUUUCAUUCUCAUGGAUAUAUUAUGUUACUAUCACUUUUUCUGUAAUUCUGAAACUCUUUUGGCCUGCUCCUCCGCGCAGUUCAGGGCCUGGAGCCAUGUUGUUUCUCUUAUCCCUGUCAUUGUAUUUGCUCGUGAGUAAAUGUGUGGGAAACUGUGCUCGUAAUAAGUCUACCUUUGUUUAGCACAUGUACAUUGAAACGUCCAGUGAAAUGCAGCAGCUCGUCAACAACCAACACAGUCCGAGGAUGCACUGGGAGCAGCCCACAAGUGUCGCCACGCUUCUGGCGCCAACAUAGCGUGUCCACAACUCAGUAACCCGAACCAGUACGUCUUUGGAAUGCGAGAGGAAAGCAGAGCAUCCGGAGGAAAUCCACGCAGUCACAGGGAAAAUGUACAUUCUCCUUACAGCCAAUGGUGGGAAAUGAACCUUGAGCACUGGUGCAGUAAAGCGUUAUGCUACGCUACUGUGCUGUAUUAACAUUUUUAUUAAAAACCUUAUUACGCU